CUUUUUUCUGUUACAAAUAACUCUGAUAUUUUGAUACAUUAAAAAAACUUCUUGAAAGUGUAUUUUCAAAAAUAUAUUUAAUGUUGUUGUUUCGUUCUUUCCAUAGAGGAAACCGGGUGAUUGCUAACAAUUUCUUGAAGCUGAACAUUUAUUAUGAGGAUUUGAACUUUGAAAAUCUCACAGAGGUCCCGGAAAUAGAGAUUCAGCAGUUUCUGUCUGACGUGGGCGGAGCUAUUGGCUUAUGGAUAGGUCUGUCAAUACUGAGCCUUUGUGAACUUGUUCAACUAUUUGUUGAGUUAUGUGACUACGGUAUGAAUAAAACAAUUAAGGAAACUAGAAAAGGGCGGCGACAGCGUAGGAAAGCUAGAAGAAACCUCGCUGUUACUUCUGCAAAAAGUACUUCAAUAGCACAAGAUGAAGAUAAGUUGCCAAGGAAAUAUUUUAGCAAUGAUUAUGACAAUAAAAGAUUUGAAACCGAAUUUCCAGAAGGUCUCCAAAACGGAAAUGCUAGAGAAUAUUCUUACCGGAAGUGACGCAUUGAAUGAACACUCGUAAGGGGCAGAGGACCUAAAAUAACAAUUUUGUAGUUCAGUGUGGCAACAAACACUAUUCCAAAUAUUUCAAAAUCUGUUAGGCAGAUAAUCAGUUGCCAGCAUUAUUCGAGGAUAUGACAUACAUUGAAGAAAAUAAUGGUUUGCAUGCAUUGUUCCUAAAAAAUAAUGACUGCCAGCAAUAUAUAUUAACCCCUACCCAACAAAAAUCACACCUAAAAUAUACUAAUGUGGGCAAUCUUCAUGAAGGUGCAGCAUACUCUAGAAUUCGCCCGAUUCACUUACACACAGUGCGAUCGAUGGCAAGUUCAAAAAUGACCAAUAAAGUGUCUGUUAUACGUUUAGAUUUUUCACAAAAUUUAUCUUAAGUUUCUUACUUGUGUGGCGCCAACUGUCAAAGCUUGAUUUUUAACUUUUUCACCUCCAUUCUGAGAGUCAAAAAUACAUAAAAGCUACCAAAGUGCUUAGUUUCGGUUAAAAAAACCAAAAUACUACUCAAUUACAAUUCACAAACAUGAAAGAAUUACAAUGACAGAGAAAUAUUAAAAUUUUCAGAACCUUAAAAGCAACAUGUCUGAGUUAUGAGUAAAUUUGACCCGGGGCCAUCAUUCGAAUAUGUCCCCUGCCCCCUAACAAACGUAUGUACCAUACGGUAUACUUUGAGAAACAGUAUCCGGUACUACGGUCUCAUAUCGAGUGAUCUCCCAGACAGGCCCAAACAAUAAACAACCCAUUGACACUAAGGUUCU